GGUCGAGAGAAACAGUCGAGGGAAGGACGCUCUGGGUCCUAGCACCCUAAUUAAGAGAAGGAAGGAACAACUCAAAUGACACAUUUAGUGACCUACAUUUUAAGCUUCAAUUACAAAAAAUGUUAAAAGGUAGAAUUAAAAAAGAAGACGACAGUAGCCAAUCCAUAUGCAUUUUUAUUUUUUUUAAACAACCUUCGGACACUGUGGAGAAUUGAAAAGCUCCGGUUAUACAGAUGCAAGUGUCCGGGACAGAUGAAGACAAUAUGGGGGAUGCUUGUUCUCAGAAACUGGGAUCUGCAAAGUACCUCAGGCUCCUGCUGUUUAUUUUGAUUCCAUGUAUUUGUGCUCUCAUCUGUUUACUGGUUAUCUUUUUGGCUUUUGUAGGUGUAGUAGGAAAAGGCUUCUUUGAGUCGAGUGAGAAUGACCUUCUGUCCAGCAGUGACCGUGCCCAAACAUCACACAUUCCUAUCACAAACAUUUUUGAAAGCUCCCCAUUGGAGACGACUCCAAACACUGAGCUGGGCACCCAGUCUGUGUUCUCAACCACCAGUGAUGACCAGCACCCUACAGUGAUGGAUAAUCUCGUGCCACGCUCAGAAAACAUAACCUUGAGACCCAGUCUUCUAACGAAAGCACCCACUAGGGAGGACUCGAGGCUGCAUAGCACAGAGCAAGACAACAGGCUAUGGUCCAGCACGACAUCUGCUACUCUACCGGACUGGAUGACAUCCCUGACAACGUUUAGUCCUAUUGUACAGGUUACUACGCAAGAGCCAGCAAAGCCAUAUCCAGUAAAUGAUACCUGUACGGAUAUCAGCGUGAAUCAGUGCCAAAUCCUUCCCUACAACCAGACCAGUCUCACAUCCCAACUUUCCAUAGUAAAAGGCAUUGAAGUUGAGGUUUUCCUCAAGUUCUUCAGCUAUCUGAACCGCCUCAACUGUUAUCACCACAUCAUGCUGUUUGGCUGCAACUUAGCACUUCCAGAAUGCAGGAAUGAAGACGGCAAAAGGAGAGUGAUUCUUCCCUGCAUGUGGUUUUGCGAGGCUGCAAAGGAAGGAUGUGAGCCGGUUCUCCACAUGGUGAACGCUUCCUGGCCAGCGUUCCUCAGGUGCUCUCAGUUCAGCAACGACACCAAGGCAGGAAAUGGCAGCCAAACCUGCUUCAGACCCCAGACGGAGAAAGGAAAGUCAUUUAUGUGUGGUGGACAGGAUAGCUUCCCAUGUGCCACGGGCAUCUGUAUCUCCAAGAAGCUGCUGUGUAACGGCUACAAUGACUGUGAUGACUGGAGCGACGAGGCACACUGCAACUGCACUGAGGUCCAGUUUCAGUGUGGCACUGGCAAGUGCCUGAGCCACAGUUUGAUAUGCGAUGGCUAUGAUGACUGUGGGGAUCUGAGCGAUGAGCUCGAUUGUGAGUGUGAUCCAAAGGAGGAGCACAGGUGUGGAGACGGGAGGUGCAUCACCUCAGACUGGGUGUGUGACGGGGACCACGACUGUGUCGACAAGAGCGACGAGGUCAACUGCUCCUGUUCCAGCCAGGGCCUCAUGGAGUGCCGCAAUGGGCAGUGCAUCCCCAGUGCGUUCCGCUGCGAUGGUGAGGAGGACUGCAAGGAUGGCAGUGAUGAGGAGCACUGCAGUACAGAGCAGAAUCAGAGUCUGUGUGCAGCAGGAAACCCUGGCUGCAGGGACAUCUUCUGCCCUGGUGGUUGCAGUGAGAAUAUUGCCUGUCACAACCACAGGAACAGCACAAACUGUAGUCGCUGUGAACCCAUUACUCUAGAGCUGUGCAUGAAUCUGCCCUACAACUUCACCAGCUACCCAAACUACCUGGGCCACCAGACUCAGAAGGAGACAUCUAUCAGCUGGGAGUCGUCCCUCUUCCCAGCCCUGGUCCAGACAAACUGUUACAAAUACCUCAUGUUCUUCGCCUGCACUGUCCUUGUACCAAAGUGUGACCUGGAGACCCACAAGAGAGUGCCACCUUGCAGGUCUUUAUGUAAAGAUUCCAAGGAUCGCUGUGAGUCUGUCCUGGCCAUCGUGGGCCUGCAGUGGCCGGAGGACACAGACUGCACUCAGUUUCCAGAGGAGAGCUCAGGAAAUGACACAUGCCUGAUGCCUGACCAAGACGUUGAGGAGUGCUCACCAAGCCACUUCAAGUGUAAUUCUGGAAGGUGCGUCUUAGCCUCGAGGAGGUGUGAUGGACAAACGGACUGCGAUGAUGACAGUGAUGAGGAAAACUGUGGUUGCACGGAGCGGGGGCUGUGGGAAUGCCCAUCAAACAAAGGGUGCAUCAAACAUACAAUGAUCUGUGAUGGAUUCCCUGACUGCCCGGACCUGGCAGAUGAAAAGAAUUGCUCUUCUUGUAAAGACAAUGAGAAGGUGUGUAACAAUCAUGAAUGUGUACACCGUAGUUUAUGGUGCGAUGGCAUAAAAGACUGUUCUGACAGCUCAGACGAAUGGAACUGUGUGACUCUGUCGAAGACGCCCUCAUCCCUGCUGACCAUCCAUAAGUCUGCCUCAGACUAUCAUGUGUGUGCUGACAACUGGCAAGAGGAGCUGAGCCUGCUGGCCUGCAAGCAGAUGGGUUUAGGGGGUCUGUCCACCACCAGCAUUGUACAAGACCAACACGACCAACCAGGCCGCAGGAAGUGGCUGCACCUGAGCUCUGAUUGGAGACACAAGAAAGGCUCCACCCUCCAAGCACUUCUGGUGAAAGGGCAUGCCUGUUGGAGCCGAAGCAAAGUGUCUCUCCAUUGUGUCAAAGAAGACUGCGGGCGUAGACCUGCAGCUCGAAUGACCAAGAGGAUUCUGGGAGGCAGGACUAGUCGGCCUGGCCGCUGGCCCUGGCAGUGCUCCAUGCAGAGUGAUCCCAGCGGCCACAUCUGCGGCUGCGUCCUCAUUGGCAAGAAGUGGUUGCUGACAGUAGCACACUGCUUUGAGGGCCGGGAAAAUGCUGAUGUUUGGAAAGUGGUGUUCGGUAUCAACAACCUGGACCACCCGUUACCCUUCAUGCAGACCAGGAAGGUGAAGAGAAUUAUCCUGCACCCAAGGUACAGCAGAGCAGUGGUGGAUUACGACAUCAGCAUAGUGGAACUGGACGAGGAGAUUAAUGAGACCAGCUAUGUGAGGCCUGUGUGUCUUCCUAACAAAGACCAGCACGCACAGCCAGAUACAUACUGUUACAUCACAGGAUGGGGCCACAUGGGCAACAGAAUGCCCUUCAAGCUGCAAGAAGGAGAGGUUCGGAUUAUUUCAAUGGAUCAGUGUCAGUCUUACUUUGACAUGAAAACCAUCACAUCUCGCAUGCUAUGUGCAGGAUACGAAUCUGGAACAGUGGAUUCUUGUAUGGGCGACAGCGGUGGGCCCUUGGUUUGUGAAGAAUCUGCAGGGCGAUGGACCUUGUACGGGCUGACAUCCUGGGGAUCAGUUUGCUUUUCCCAAGUCUUGGGACCUGGCGUUUACAGCAACGUGACUCAUUUUGUGGAGUGGAUCGAGAGACAGAUAUAUCUCCACACGUUUCUCCUCUAGUAACCUGUGACACAGUAGAGAUGGGCGGGGCUCUUUACAACAAAUUGAGAAAAGAGCUUUGGCAGCUAGUGGUUGAAAAACUUUUAAGACAAUUCUGGGAAAUCAUGGAGGGAGGAGGUAUACAUACAAGCAACAUGCUCGACUCAUGUGCCUCUAUUCAAGAAUUGUCAGAAGCUUCUAGCAUUUUCUAUAAACUUUUAAUUUCACUGUGCUAUUUUACCAUUCCAUUGGAACUGGUAACUUGGCUUUGAGCCUCUUGGGUAGGGCUGUUUAUAAUGCGGUCAAUUAUUUACAGAGGUUACAUUGGUGUUUUUGAUCAUAAAGUUAAGGGUUGUUUUGUUAUAAUAGAUAACUGUGAACAACGUUUAUAGCAUCUUGUUAUACAAGUAGUAUUUCUGUUUCUAUAUUCUAUUCAAGACUGCACACUGCUUGUUUAACAGUUUGGCAAGUUCUGUCACUAACAUUGCAAAGAAAGUGACCCAGGCUUAUCAUUACUCUAAAGAAAAAAUCAUAAUCUGCUAUUCAGGAUUUUCUUAAACCUCUGCACACUAUCUAAACAUACUAUAGCAAUCAUACUAGGAUUAUCACAGACUUGUUUUAAUAGAAGGGAAGAAAAAUACUAUUGUAUUGAUUUCUUAGUGUGAAACAGGCAUGUAAUGAGAUUAUGUGUAAGAUUCAGCAGGGAUCCAGGAAAGAGACUGCUUCUCAAAAGGCUUGGAGCCAGAAGGCCCAGAUCCCCAUUCCGAAUGUAAAGACUACUGCAAGAUAUUCUCAAGCCUUAUGCAUCUCUGAAUGACUAAAGGAUUAUAUGUAAAAAUAGGAAAGCAACAAACUGGUAAAUAUCUGUAUACGCAAGGCAAAACAGGGUAUGUCCUAUAUUAAAAAAAAAAAAAAAAGUUAACAGAAAAGCCAUCUCUGCAAUACUGAGGACAUGCAGGUUGUCCAAUUUCAUCACAACAGAGAUGCCAUUCAGUAAGGCUUGAAUCAUUAAUCAUAAAAUGUGGACAUAUGCCAUUUUAUCUCAGAUACACAGUAUAUAUAUAUAUAUAAAAAAAAAACACAUUAAAAUCAUUACUAACACACACACAACAAAAUGGGGAUAAUCUGACAUGGUUAUAUAUAUGGUCUCCACCCAGACCUCCCUCCAAAUAUCAUUAAGCUUGACAGACACGCAUCCAUUUGUGAAGUUGUACUUUUACAGUAUAAAUCAAAUCACGACUUUAAAUGUGUCAGGAAUUUGUACUGUUGACUAAAAUACAAUGUUUUCAAUCAAGCUUUUAAACUGAUCUUGGUAGUUUAAAAAUCAAGCUUAACCGAAACUUGCAAAAGUGAAGCAAACAUGAGUUUGUGAUUAUGGAUUAAGGGUUGGGAGUUAUUGCAGAUUGGUCUAUACAGUUAAUUGUAGAAAUAGACACAGCAAACCGAAUUACUUAAUGCCAAAGUCUCUGUCUCGUGUCUUCUCUUACGUCACACAUAAACAUUGUAUAACCCAGCUUUGUACCUUUCUAUUGAAGACACGUCUUCAUUUCUGCUGUAGUGUGGUACUGUAACAUUCCAUGCAAAGAUUACUUAUGUUUGUAAUUUUAUAAAGUAUUUUUAUACUGCUUUUCUAUGUGCACACAUGAAAUAUAAUGUAUCGUGUCUUGACUA